AUGCCUGCCGAUCGCAUCGAAAAGAUCUCGAAGAAGCGCAACCCCGGCCCCGCUGAGCUCAAUCGGCAGCGAAGAAAUCAUGGCCAAGAAGCAGGACUCUCUGCACAGACGUCUGACCGAGCCCGUCAUGGCACCUCGAAGAAGGCAUACCUAGCUGGUCCAUCUAUCGGCCAACAGACCACCGCUAGGCACCCAGAUUCCAUCCCAAGCACCUCUGCCAUUCCAUCCUCUUCCUCUUCAGAGCCACAGUCAGCCCUGCCCGAAAUCGUGAAUUUUUUUGACAACUUCAAGAUUCCUCCCAUUGGCAAAUACAAACAUACGACAUCUAGAAGGACAAGGGGCCCGAAAUGUUUUGACAUGCAUCUUCACAAAGAUCUUCGCCUGAAGGAGGUCGUCAUCCUUCAUCGUCUCACUGAGGUUCUCGUUCUAGAUUGCGACAAAUUAGCGGAGGCAUGUCAGUUGACCAGCGAGAAUUUUCCAGGCAUUUCAACUCAGAAGGCCGCCGCCGUUGCUGCGAAUGAGCGAGAUCUAGUCGACUUUUAUGAAAAGCAGAUUUCGUCAGUAUACUCGGGUAUGGCUAGUGGCCUCCUUUUCAACAGCGCUGAUUGGCACCCUGUCUUCGAAUGGACCACCUACCCAAAACCAAAUGCCGCCCCACGUACCGAGGCACUCGCUGAUGGUUUUCUAUCUUUGGCCUCUGACCGCGAGCAUCUGCCACGCGAGCACCAGGAUGACAUGGCGCUACUCGAGAAACAUAAUUUCCACCACCUGGUAGCAUGGGAAUUCAAGAGUCUGACAGCAGGCCCAGCGACUAUGGCAAUGUUCCACGAACUCGAAGGGGUGUUUCAAUGGACGACUUGUCACGAGAGGACGGUAGAGGACACGGAGACACCCUCCUUUCGGUGUGACGCCAAAACUUCCCACCACAGAAUCCGUGGCAGACCCGUUGUGACUGGGAGAAGAGCUGGUCCAGAUUCUGAAUAUGUGGCGCGCAUCCUCGAACAAGUCGAUAGCAUCAAGGCGCAUCCGCAAAGACUGGCCCAUGUUCGAUCCAGUCUCGUUCAAGACGAACCGCUUAAGAAUCCAGAUGCAGAUCGAGCCAAUGCACAUGAUGUACUUCAACAGUCUUGGACAGAGGCGGUUGUUGACGACCUGACCUUUUUUGUGAUCUCUUGCGGGAACGAAGAAAAUAUUGCGAUGCGUGAUAGAGAGAACCAAAGACUAUAUCUAUCCUCCUACGUUCGGCCUACCACCGCCUUCGACCCUUCUCACAGCAAACUUCAUGUCGGACUCUACAUCUGCGCAUAUCUCGACGCACUGGAGCGCGCAAGACUACUGGAAUCCAUGUUGAAUGCUACACCACCGUCGAUCCCCUUCAGGUAUCGCCUCUCUUUAGACAGAGGGCCGCUUACAGAAAAGCAGGCUGAAAUCCCAAUCGCCCGCAGGAAAGCACUUGCAGUGGAGAAAGAGCGCGUAGAUAAGGAGAUCAUCAGCGCUUUUCUGCAAUCUGAGUCAUUCUCGCUUCGACUGCACUCCGCGGUCCUCAGUGCUGCGGCGACCAACGCCAAUGUAUGGAUCUUCCGCAGGCAGUCGUCGUGCUCCGAGAGCGUUUCCCAGCUGCCCAACGAUGGAAACCCUCAAUUCUUCAUCGACUUAGAGCAGAAGCUUGAUGGGAAAGUAUUCGCAGCUUAUCUUGCUCGACUUCCUCUCCACUCCUCAACACAGGCUGAGUAUUACUCUAAUCGCUUGGUUAUGAAGCUGGCCAAGACGGACGUGGAAGUCACAGCUUUGGAAGAGGAAUAUGGUGCCUACAUGAAGUGCUCGUCACAACGUGUCGACGCACUUGUACCAAUAUACGGUCUCUUCUAUUCGCAGGUGAUGCUGCAGCCAUCUGACCCAUUUUACCGCUCGCUCAAGGUAAUCCUGGAGGGCCGUUGCGAUCCUACUGUCCUUUCUCCAACCAAGGAAUCCGUCAACUCACCUCAAGAAUCCCCUCUGACUUUCCACGACAGGCAUCUGGCAAAGGAUCUCGCUCUUGAACAAAUCAUUGCUCUACCUUCGACGCACCAGUCGUUGUCCAAACUCUGUGAGGCGGCCGUAGGGGCUUUUCUGCAGAGCGGUCACAAGUUCCAACCAGGAAACAAUUUGGUCCCAGGCGUCCCACAUCGACCAGUGCAUAAUGCGGCUGGUGCAUCGUUAUAUUAUCAGUGGCACAUACAUCCCGUCUGCCAUAAGUUGGUGUCCAAGUUGAUUUUUCAUCCAACAUUUCCGGAUUGGGAUUCGGUAUUUAUCUUCAAUGACGAUUCUAUCAGGGAUAACCCAUUCGCAUUACAUGGGUGGCUCCAGAUCAGCUACAACGCGACUCAAAAGAAAAUGUGUUUUACCGACAAGCUCGACGCAUUACUCGAUUCUGCUCUCAAAGACAAGUUAGAGGACCUGGCACGGCGAUAUCCCGAGCUUGCCCUCUGGCAAAUAUUUGGGAGGAACCCAGUCGCGCUAAGAUUGCUCAAAUCCGUCGAACGAGACAGAAAAUUCUCUUGGGAGGUGCCACGUACUGGUGGGGCAAGGACGAAUGCGAAGACCUCACGGCCCCGGGACGCGAACCUUGGGGUACUUGCCAAAAUCCUUCCAAAAAAAUACCAACGGGGAAAGGCUCGCCCUCCUGUCCCAAACACAGAUCUUCAUCCCGUUUUGGAUUCAUCCAUUCGUCCUCCGACGCCUGGUAGUCGAAAGAACGCAUACAGAGCAGAUUUUUGUCAUUAUAUCCAACACACGUGGGCGAGGGCCACUCUGAAGGACGCUACUUUCAUAAUUUUCAAUUGUGGCAGUCACGAGCGAGUUGGUAUCCGGCAUAGGGAAACUCAGACAUUAUUCCUUUCAGAACCAAUUGAUACCGUCCGUGUGGGUUACAGGAAGUGCCACAUUGGGCUGUAUCUUGCCAUUGUCCAGGAUGUCCUAGAGCGGCAAAAAAUGGCAAAGGAGGAAGAAACAGCAACGUCAACCCUCAAGCGUACACAGGAGUGCUUGGACGAUAAAGAAGAAGUUGUCGCGAAACGACGCAAAACGUCUGCUCCCCUGCCUCCAGAGGACCUUGAGGCGUUAGCUAAAGAACUAAGCACUCGGCCACUAGCCUUGAUUCACCUGGACUACGGUGUGUAUCGCUCGCCUGUGCCUUCGUCGUUUAUUCGAGUGGGUUCCUCCUGCGUCCCAAGUCUAUAUAGCCGGCUUCCUUCAGAUAAGGCCACCGAGCGGUAUAAGGCCGAGGAGUCUUUCUCUCUUAUCCUCGGAGAACCUAUGGGAGAAGGGGCCGUUGGAGUGGUCCAUCCGGCGUCACUCGAGGUCCCUUGUUCUGAAAGCACCCUCAAGCAUAGACUACUCGUCAAGUUGGCCUUUUCUCUGAAGUCAAGAGAUAGGCUACGCCGUGAGUUCAGAACAUACGAGACUUUGGCUCGUAAGCGCAUCGUUAGGGGCAUCAUCACCGUGCACGGAUUGUUUGAAGAUUCCGAGACAGGAACUUUAGCAUUGGUUAUGGAAGAUGGUGGCCAAAGUUUGCGACAGCGCGAGGCAGAGCGUACCAAUACGGAGAAUCCAGAACAGGUGUCAACAACGGAUGAAGAACGGAAAGCAUUUAUUGCAAUAAUGAAUAGCCUACAUGAAGCAGGGAUUCGACAUCGCGACAUCCGAGCGGACAACAUGGUCAUUCACCCAGUGACGCACCAAGUAUCCCUCAUAGACUUCGACUGUGCGGACGACAAACUAACACAGAAGACGCUUGCGAACGAGAUCCAGUGCAUGAAUGACAUACUGGAUCGGUCUUACGAAGGACAACGAUACUACAGCGCCAGCCCGGACCCUCCACCGUCGGACUGUUUUGAUUCAGACGAAGAGUUCACUGGAGACCCCCCUCCUCGUAACCCUCCUCCACCGCGUGCUCAUUACUCCUUCUCGCUCUCCCCUACUCCCGCAGAUGGUGGCGAUGAAGUUGCAGCUCUCACAACUUAG